AUGCGCGGAUUUGUACUUGGGUGUGCAGUAUUGUCUGCUUCCUACUCGGAAGCAAAGCCGUCGGCUAGAGGACUUGUGGGGCCAGUAGCCGACCCAUUGGUGAAGUUGGAUUUGUACCAAGAGCCGUUGCCCUCAAAGGGCCUAGUUCGCUCGGUUACGCGGCAGCGUGCGAAGCAAUCUCCAGCUCUUAAGGCCGCAUUAGCAGCUGCGAAAGAGGCGUUGGAAAAUGGUGUAGUAUCUAACGCAGAAGAGAUCCAGAGUUUGCUUGUAAACGUUACAAGUUUGUCCGAUCAGAGUCAGAAGAAGAAGUUGAGGAACCGUAGUGUGACUGGUGGUAACGAUGCUAGCAAGUUUCUGAGCUUGGAGAAUUUGAAGGAUACGAGUUGUUACCUGCCAGUGGAUGUGGCGUUCCUACAGGACACGACUGGGUCUUUCUAUGAUGACUUGCCUAACGUGGUGAGGCAGCUGCCUGACAUUGUGAACACUGUGACAGGAAGAUUGCCCGGUUCGCGGUUUGCUGUGACCGAAUUCAGAGAUAAGCCUUACAACCGAAUGGGCGAGGACGAUGACUUCUGUUAUAGGAGAACGAGCACGUUCUCCGACGACCCGACAUCCGUCAGCGAAAGCUAUGAACAGCUAUGGGCGUCCGGUGGUGGCGACCUCCCCGAGGCUGUCUUGCACGCGCUCAUUCAGCUGGCAAACGACCAGGAAAUCGGCUGGCGACAGCACGGUGAGGAGGCGGAAAUUUCUAACAAGGUGAUUAUUCUGUCCACUGACGCCGGCCCCCACGACCCUGAUGACUACCUCUUAUACAACGGGUACUACGCUGAAUAUCCCAAGGUUGACGGCGUCCCACCUCCCGAUCACAUGGAUUCCUUCCCGAGCUCGGGUUUUGAUGAAUACGACGCCGACGCCUUUGACAAACUCUGUCUCGAAAAUGAAUACCCCGACGUCGACGCAGUCGUUAACGAGCUCCAAAGACACAACAUUACUCUCAUUACUCUCAUACCCAACGAGGAUGACACAGUCGUGUCCCAGUGGAAAGCAAUCAACGCGGCUCUCGACCAACCAGACGAGUUCGUACAAUUCAUCGAAAGCGACUCUAGCAACUUAGACAUCGUCCUCCUUACUACCGUCCUGGACUUCAUCGAAGUGCCCUGCACCACCACCACCGCAGCUCCGACCUCUACCACCAAUUCUACUCUACCCGCCACUUCGACCACUGAGCCGACCACAAACACCACGUCUACUGUGCCCAUCACUGCGACCAAUGCCGAGACCACUGCUUCUGCACCCACCACCACCACUGGCGCCAAUGGUGAGACCACUUCUGCCUCUGUCUCCACCACUACUUCUACAUCCAACAUGAACACCACUACUUCUGCACCCAUCAGUACCACUGGCACCAAUACUGAGACAACUACUUCUGCGCCGAUCACCACUGGCGCCGAUUCUGAGACCACUUCUGCACCCGUCAAUACGACUACUUCCGCACCCAUCACUACCGGCACUACAGUGCCCACCAAUGGCGAGACCACUACCACACUGCCGGCCACCACUGGCACCACCAUGGAACCCACUAGGACGUCCAGAACCGCUGAGCCGACCGCCGCUGAGACCACCUUUGUUGGGUCAACUGGCGAAACUGACGCCGAGACGGCCACCAGCACCGGUGUGCCGAUUCACACCACCGCUUAUGAGACUACAGGGCCGUCGAUGACUACAGAGCACGCAGUUACCACUGACCCCGUCAAUACCACUGCGCCCGUCGAUACCAGCACUACAGUGCCCACCACUGGCACCAAUGGUGAAACCACUACUGUGCCCUCCACUGGCACGAAUGCUGAGGCCACGACCACGCUGCCUGCCACCACUGGCACUACCAUGGAACCCACUAGGACAACCAGCACCGCUGAGCCGACCGCCGCUGAGACCACUGUCGGGUCAACUCCCGAAACUGACGCCGAGACGGUUACCAGCACUGGUGUGCCGAGUCAGACCACCACUAACGAGACCACAGAGCCGUCGGUGACUGCGGAGCCCGCAAGGACGAGAACGGCGACCAUGACCGCGAAUGAUACUGCCACGUCUGAGACGGGGACCUCUAGCAAGCUGACCACCGGUUCGACGUCGAGCAGUGUCACUACCGGAACUCGAAGCACUACGUUGCAGCCCGCGGCAGAGACUGCCGCUAAUGAAUCAUGGAGUGAGCUGGGGACUGAAAGUAGUUCGGCGUUGACUGACAGCACAACUCACCCAACUACUACAAGCAACACCACUAUGACCGUCGUAACUACUACCUCUGCCGGAACUGCGACCACUACUACCUCUAUUCCUGUCACCUACGAGGAGACAACUGUCCCCGAUUCCACGACUACGCUGGGAACCACUGAGACUUUUACCUCUCCAGAAACUGACAAUGAGACAACCCCCAACCCUACUACGACUUCUACGACAAGUACUGACGUGACAGCGCCGACGACUGUGACAAGCGUCAAGACUACAUCGACGGCCGGUCAAACUACGACGACUCCAGGCGACUGCAUUCCUCCCACCACAACGUUGCCAGAAUGCGGUGCCACCACAGCUGAAUGUGUACCGAAGACCACAUACCUGUGUGACCCUGUUACCGUUCCCGGUGAGUGCGAAGCGGCCGCCAACGUCCAGCCGAUUGUGAUCAAGCUGUCUCCGGUGCUGUCUCCCGUAUUGAAGCAGGUGGCUGUUGACAGUCAAUAG